AUGUAUGUUUGUGAGUCUCGCUUGCUAUCGCAUUACCAGAAAAAGAUUAUCUUGCAGGAAUGGAACCAUGUAAACACAAACUCCAUUAAUUGUUGUGGCUUUGAAGAACAAGCUUGCACCGAUGUGGAGGAAGAUGGGGAGUACUCUCGCUUGGGUAGGGUUGAUCAGGGCACUUCAAAGGGUUUGGAUGCUGAGAUUGAGAAUAGUGGCAAAGCUCAAGAGGAAGCUGAUGAUGUGGUUAUUGUUGAAGAAAGAAUAAGCAAUGAGACUCAGGACAACUCAAAGUCUCAGGACAAGGAGCAAACUUUGAAAACACCUACAUUGGUGUUGGCACAAAAUGAUGAUUUGAACCAGGCUCAACUCAAGUUACUAGUAGUAAGAAUAGGCAUUGAUGUGUCAGCAUAUGCUCAUAGUUCUGUGCAUAAAGCCAUAAUAUUGAAAGAUUAUGAUAAUCUUAAGAAGAUAAUUGAUAAUUUACCAAAACUUGGUAAUGCUUAUGAAAUAAAAACUGAGCGUGCAUCAAUAGCUGAGGAAGAAAAAGCUGCUGCAAUUUCUGCAGUGAUAGAUAGAAGAGAUGUGUUACAUGGUGACACGCCUCUUCACUUGGCUGUAAAACUCGGGGAUAUUGUUGCGGCUGAAAUGCUCAUGGCUGCCGGUGCAAAUAAUAGAUUGAAGAAUAGUGAAGGUUGGAGUGCUUUCAGAGAAGCUAUCAUAAAAAAACAGGAUAAAAUAGCAUUGAUUAUGAUUAAGUAUUCUUAUGGCGAAAUGGACGAAAAAUGGUACCGGAGGUUUCCUCGUUACUUUGCGACGAUGAGAAGGAUGAGAGACUUUUAUAUGGAGAUUACAUUUCAUUUUGAGAGUUCUGUCAUACCUUUUAUAUCGAGGAUUGCGCCUUCGGAUACUUACAAGAUUUGGAAAAGAGGUGCUAAUAUGAGAGCUGAUAUGACUUUGGCUGGUUUUGAUGGUUUGAAAAUGAAAAGAUCUGAUCAAAGUGUUCUUUUCAUUGGUGAUGAAUCUGAUGAUGAGAGAAUAAGUCCUGGAUUUAUGUGUUUGAUUUCGCACGAGAAAAAAGAAGUAGUUGUUCCUUAUUUAUCUAGACCUUCAAAACCAGAUGAAAGAGAAUUGAAACAAUAUUUAGCUAAAACAUCUACUGAGGCUAAAGUUGUUAGAAUUGGAAUUGAUGUGAGUCAAGCACUUCUUGUUCCGCAAAUAACAUGGAGGAAAAAGGAGAGAAAAGAAAGUGUAGGGCAAUGGAAAAGUAAGGUUUAUGAUAUGCAAAAUGUGGUUUUAACCGUUAAAUCAAGAAAGGUUCCUGGAGUUCAAGCUCCUAAGUUACCUCCUAAAGAAAAUUGUAACAAGCAAAAUGAAAAGAUUGAUGAUAUUUUGACAGAUGAUGAGAGAAAGCAAUUAGAAGCUGAAUUGAGUUACUCAGAAGAUAAUCACGGUCAUAAAAGUGAAUCUAAGAAAGGGAAGAAAGGGAAGUCUAGUGGACAUAAAGAAAAGGAUCAUCGUCGUCAUCACAAAACGAAAAGUACCAAAAUGGCUUCUACUGCUAGCAGCAGUAGUAGUAAUCACAAGGAGGAAAAUGGUGACAGUGAGUAUAAAAGAGGGAUGAUGCCAGCACUUUGGCUAUCUCCAAACUUUCCAUUAAAAAUUGAAGAGUUUUUACCUUUGCUUGACAUUCUUGCGGAAAAAGUUAAAGCGGUUCGUCGUGUUAGAGAACUCCUUACAACAAAACUUCCAAAAGAUACCUUUCCUGUUAAGAUUGCUAUUCCUGUGGUAUCUACAGUUAAAGUAUUGGUUACAUUUACAAAGUUUGAAGAAAUACCAAAAGUAGAUGAAUUUGAAUCAGCUCCAUCAAGUCCUACUUCUGCUGACUUUGAGAAUGCACCAGAAGAAGAAGAACCCUCCGCAUCAUCAUCAGCAUCAACAUCACAAUCGUCGUGGUUUCAAUGGAUACGGACUCCUUCUCAGUCCAAUUCAUCUGCUGCUGAAAACUAUAAUAAAGCAGAAGACCUAUUUACAAUUCCCUCUAAUUAUACAUGGGUUGCUAUUGAUUCAAAGAUAAAGGCUCAAGAAAAGAACAAGACAAAGGAGACAAAGGACAUAAAGUCGUAA